CUUAUUGCUCUGACAGAGGAGUACGAUGUCCCGCAAAGCGCUCAAAGUGGUGGUUGAAAUAAAGUUCAGAGCGGUUUCUUGUCCUGGAGUUCAUCUGCCAGCCAAGGAUGACAUCUACCUCAGCAUAUGCUUCAUGGGCCAGUACUGUCAGUCUGAAUGUCUCCCCGCCGUCUUUCCUCUGCUGUUUCAUGAGAUGAUGACCUUUGAAAAGAUUUUCAGGCAUGCAGUUGAUCCUGGAGACAUUGCUGUGAUGCUUGAGUAUGAGACAGUCACAAUAGAAUUGGUGCAGCUUAUUCCUCCAGUGGCAGACACUCUGGCUUACUUUGAAGAAGACACUCGACGAUUCUUAUUUCCAGAACCUAAACUGGUUCCCUCCUUCUCUGGAGUGGAUCGAGAGAUUCUGAUGACCCGAGCCCCUCACUUUCAAGGCAUUGCUCCAAGGUUGGAGUUUUCCACCAAAACAACCAUCAUUGAGUGCUCAGCUGACGCCGAGAUCAACAUUUACCCCAAUGUACCCAUGAAGCCAGUGAUAAAGAGGAACAGGAAACACUCCAGCAGACCCAGGAGCUCAUCUCCUCAGAGAAGACAACCUCAAACCCUGGGAAAGAAACAAGGUGGCAGGGCGUACAGAGAAAACCGCACCAGGUCACUGUCUCACACUCCAGGACCACAGUCCCUGUCCCCUCUGAGACCUGGAAACACAAAGAGGCUGGAGCAGCUCAGCCUGGACUCUACAGCUUUAGACCUGGCUGACUGGGACCAGACCAGCAUCUCCCAGAAGAUGCUGGCUUCAUGGCCUGGAGCCAGCCGGUCUGACUCGCCUCACUGCUCUGCAGUGUUUACCAACUCUUUUUCACCUUUGACCAGCUCCUCAUCAGUGAGACAUUUUCCAACUGGCAGAAGAAAAUCCUUAUCCAAUGGUUUAGUUGGAGGAAUAUCAGAAAGCUACUCCAGCUCUUCAGAAACACAUGACUCCCUUGGCUACCACCAAGAUCAUGACUCUUCAGGGCUGUGGCGGUCUUACAGGUCCCAGUCCAGCUCUCAUAAAGAAUGGGAAGAGGUCCAAGAGCGUGUUCGGGGACUCCUUACCACACCUAAAGCUGUACGCCGACUUGUGUAUGGGGCCACACACUCAGAGGUAAGCGAGGUAUUAUCCAGGAGGUCCAUCUCUCCAGGUCCACCCUGAUGACCAGGCCAGGCUCUGGAAUGGUGAAGUGAACCUGCUCUGUGCCUCCAUGAGUUUCAUCUUUUACUUGCUGCCCCUCUGAAGCAUCCUCAUGACAUCAUAAUCACAACAUCCCUAGCUUAAUUCUGGUUAGCGACCUGUGUGUCUAUACUGUGAACUAUCCAGUAAAGGUAAAAACAAAAGCUGCUUCUAAUUUUCUUUGUGGCUUUCUGGAUGUAAACAAGUUGUAACUCUAGAGGGCAGAAACAAGACUUUGUCUGUCUUUUUCUUCUCCUCUAGAGAAAGGAACCACCUUGCCAAUGAAGUCCUCAGAUGUCACGACUCUUCUGAUGUUCUCGUGUGUGUGUGUGUGUGUGUGUGUGUGUGUGUGUGUGCGCAGAUAGGUAUUUCAUUGCAGUGGUUUGAUAAAUGCCCACAAA